CUUAUCCAAACACACAACACUAGCCAGUAGUUAGUACUGACCAAUACACUAAUGCCAAUUCUUCAUUGAGUAUCACAGACCCCUUCAGAGAAAAAAAUGGCAUCAGUAUUAGGAACUUGUUCCACUUCAGCAGCAAGAACAGCUACAUUCGCUUGUACACCUUUCUCUUCUCGUUCCUCUAUCUCUGCUGUUUUCUCCUUUUUCCCUUCUUCAGGACAGAGUCAAGGGAGGAAGUUUUAUGGACAAAUUAGACUCCCAGUUAAGAAAGGGAGGUCCCAAUUCCAUGUGGCAAUUUCCAACGUCGCAACUGAAAUCAGCCCUGCUCAGGAACAGGCUCAGAAACUUGCUGAAGACAGCCAGAGACCCGUGUAUCCAUUUCCAGCCAUAGUGGGGCAAGAUGAGAUGAAGUUAUGUCUUUUGCUGAAUGUAAUUGAUCCAAAGAUUGGAGGCGUGAUGAUAAUGGGUGAUAGAGGAACUGGGAAAUCCACCACGGUUAGGUCUUUGGUGGAUUUACUUCCUGAAAUCCAAGUUAUUUCUGGUGAUCCAUUCAAUUCAGAUCCAGAUGACCAAGAAGUAAUGAGCGCUGAAGUCCGUGACAAAUUGAGGAAGGGAGAGCAGCUUCCCGUAUCUUUCACCAAAAUUAACAUGGUUGAUUUACCACUAGGUGCUACUGAGGACAGGGUGUGUGGAACAAUCGACAUUGAGAAAGCACUUACUGAGGGUGUGAAGGCAUUUGAGCCUGGUCUUCUUGCUAAAGCUAACAGAGGAAUACUUUAUGUCGAUGAGGUUAAUCUUUUGGAUGACCAUUUGGUAGAUGUUCUUUUGGAUUCUGCAGCAUCAGGAUGGAACACUGUUGAAAGAGAGGGAAUAUCAAUUUCACACCCUGCUCGAUUUAUCCUUAUUGGUUCAGGUAAUCCUGAAGAAGGAGAACUUAGGCCACAGCUUCUUGAUCGAUUUGGAAUGCAUGCCCAAGUGGGGACCGUGAGAGAUGCAGAGCUGAGAGUGAAGAUCGUUGAGGAAAGAGCUCGUUUUGACAGGAACCCCAAGGAAUUCCGGGAGUCAUACAAGGCAGAGCAAGAAAAGCUCCAGAACCAAAUCUCCUCAGCCAGGAGCGGGCUUUCUUCUGUUACGAUAGAUCAUGAUCUUCGUGUUAAAAUCUCUAAGGUCUGUGCAGAACUGAAUGUUGAUGGAUUGAGAGGUGAUAUAGUCACUAACAGGGCAGCCAGAGCAUUGGCCGCACUAAAAGGAAGAGAUAAGGUAACUGCAGAGGAUAUCGCCACUGUCAUUCCCAACUGCUUGAGACACAGACUUAGGAAGGAUCCGUUGGAGUCUAUCGACUCGGGUUUACUUGUUGUUGAGAAAUUCUACGAAGUUUUCAGCUGAAGAGGUAGAGGGCUUUCUUCUUUGAGUAACACUUGCCUGCGAAAGCUGUUUUAUAGAGUAACAUACUUGUUUUUGGCUUUAGUUUCCAUUCUCAAAUAAUCCUAAGAUUUGAUAAUUGUAAAACUAGAGUUUUGCUGAAGAUGGUCUUUUGUACUGUGCUUAAGGGAUGGGUUCGGAAUUACCUUGUGGCUAAACAUACUGGUAUUUGAUUAUUAUUAAUCUGGUUAUUCAUUCCUUGCUUA